CUGCUGACUCCCCAGACACUGCUGGCACGCCUGUUGGUGGUGGCAGGGAGCCCUUUUGCAGGCAGCGAACUCCAAGCCGCUGCCUUGCUGCUCAUGCUAAACCUCCACAGCAGGAUCCACAGGGCUGUGGGGGCCAUGUGGGCCGCUGAGAUCCCCCUGCUGCUGCAGUGCCUCCAAGGGAAAGAUGAGAGCUUCCCGGACUCUGCAGAGUGGGAGCAGCGCCUACUAAAGUUCCUGAGGGCAUCAUUGGACACCAUGGAGGAUGAGGCCUGGACCAAGGGCCUGAGCUGCGAGCUGAGCCGGUGGCUGAGCAGCUCUGCCAGCAGCUCUGGAGAAAAGUCUUUCCUGUACAAGGCUCUGGGGACAGUGCUGGGAGCUUGUAAGGAAGUCCUCCACAUCCAAGAGAAGCUUCUGCAACACCUGGAGGAAGCAAACGCGGAGGAGCCAUCUGAGGCCCAGGGAAUGAUCUCCCUUCUCAGCCAUGCCGCUGAGAGCAACUUCCACACAGUCCUGGACACACUCACCAUGUUUGCGUCCAGGCUGUGCAAAGGCCAAAAGGGGAGGAUUUCCAGACGCAAGAAGAUGGAGCUGGACAGCAGAAGAGCUCACGCCACACGCAGCGCUCUCAUCCUCGCCCAUGGCAGCUUGGCACUGCGAGCCUCCAAGGAACAGCUGCUCGCCCGCCUGGAGGGAGACAUCGUGGGCAACAUCCUGCUGCUCUACAGCUGCAGCUGCCGGGACUUGCAGAACACGCUCGCGCUGGUGCAGAGCAUCACUGACUUCAGCUCUGCUUUCCAAGCUGUGGGUGACUCUGCCUGCUUUAACCCCUCCUUGAAGGGCAAGCUGCUGGAGAUCCUGACGGAGUUGCUGAAGAAGUAUUACUUGGGCACCCCUGUAUCCCCAGUGCCCCUCAAGGUGGUUCUGGCCCUGGAGCAGUUGAGCAAGCUGAAGCCCUCUUUAGGAACCAAGGACAUGUGUGACAUGCUGAGUCUGUGCUGCAAGAAUGUUGUGUUGCACCCUUCAGCAGAGAUGAUGCUGAAGAUCAGGAAGUCACAGCAAGCAGCUCAGUACCUGCAGCUUCUGCAAACAUCACUGAAAGCUCUGGGCCGGCUCAUGGUGGUCCUGCUCGAGACAGAGACCAGUGGCUUCUUCCAGAACAUAGUCCAUAGAUCAAUGACGUCAGACAACAUGUGGGAGCGCAAGAGGGCCCUGCAGAUCUGCUCCCAGCUGCUGGCUGCUUGUGAAGAGCUUCGAAGAGGAGAUGCCUGCAAGCACUUUGGCUCCUUGGUGGGAUUGCUGGCGCCUCUGACGUGUGACCCCAUGCCCACAUCCCGCCAGCUGGCUGUCACCUGUCUGAGCUCCCUUCUCCGAAUCCAAGCCAAGGCGACCAAUGGAGUCAUCAAGAUGGGUGACAUCGGGAGCCUGUGUGAGGGGCUGAAUGACCACAGCACCGUCUGUCAGCUCCAGACCUCUUCCAAAAUUGCGCGGAUUGUGUACAGGAACUUCCCCCUGGAAGACACCAUCGACUUCAUGAUGGCCAUCAAGGAUGCCUUCCGGAAGGCCAAAGGAACGCGUGUGCGUGCUGCUGGGAGGUGGAUGAUCACCUUUCUGCAGAUGUACGGAAAGGACAUCUGUCAGGACGUGCCACUGACCAACUACAUCCUGCGCAGCUGCACGUCGUUUCCGCAGCACAGCACGUUCAUGCCAUUCCUGUCCCAGGCGGUGGUCAUCCUCACCCGCUGUCAGGCAGACGUCACGACUGACAGCUUCUUUCCGGCUGCUUGGAGCCCACAGACAGUGAGACAUGGAGGAGAAUAAGAGAAUUUUGUCUUCAAUGGUGGAGCCGGGAGAAGAAAAAAAGAGGAAAGCGAAGGAAAGGAAAGGAAAAAGGAAAAAGGAAAAAAGAAAAAAGGAACAGGAGGAAAAGAAGAGAGG